AUGAGACAAAACCAACUAAACACUGAAUUGUAUCAACCAAGAUCAUUAUUUCAAUGCAAACAUGGCGUAACCCUUCAUUCAAUUCCUUAUACUUCAAGUCUAAAAGAGAUAGAGCUUUUAAAAUCAAAUCAAUUAUGGUCCGGAUCCUUGGAAUUUAUAGAAGAAGAGCUAUCUAUUAAUUCAUACAUGGAUGGGUUUGAACAAACUAAAGAUGACAAGUUUAUAAUUCGCCCAUUUAUUAAAAUGAGAAGCAAAUUAGAAUUUAAAAACAACGGAAAUGAGUUAUGGGGAGAAACAUGGUUUAAUCCAAUUGUAAAUGAUUUGAAUUUAUCCAAAGGAACAACUACUAAUAUUGAUAUCCAAAGAAUUACUAAACUUAAUCCUGAAGGGACAGAUACAAUACAACAAAUUUCUGAUAAUACUUAUAAAGUAAUUGUUCAAUUACCAAAUUCUGGUUUUCAUCCAUUCUAUAAUGAUAAAUCACCAGAAAACGUCUCAUUUGUGGCAUUAGGAAUGAAUUUUAAAAGUUCAAGAAAUGCUGCUCAAUUUGAAUAUGCCUUGAAUGUUUAUCAAUCGAGAUUUAAACAUGAACAACAACAAUAUUACUAUGACAGAAUGGUAUAUGCCGUUAAUAUCAUGAAUUUUAAAACGGUAAUACAAGAACAAGAUGAAGAAAAUGAGACUACAGGAAAAGAAUAUGAUAGUAAGGAGGACGAUGUUCGAGAGUUAACAAAGGAGUUCUCCCAAAGUCGUAUGACGUCUGAUAAAAUUCUACGCACCGAUAGUGACAAAGAUGAACAAUACUCUGAGGAUGACGACGAUGAUGACUUUGGAGAGUUUAUAUCAACUUAA